AUGGAGAACAACCGACCUCUUCAGUCUGGUGCGCACCAGAGAAGCAGUCAGGAAUCACCUCCUAUCUGUAACUCCUCUGCCUACGAACUUGAACCACGAAGUCGCCAGCCCAACCAGUACAGUUUAGACGAACCCCGAGAAGGCCAUGAUCCUGACGAAGCGAGGUUUGAUCACCAUGCUGCUGAGACUCAUCUCCUCAAGGCGACAGUGUCCCUGCACCACAAUAAUGACGGCAUGUCACCAAGACGAAUCCAAUGGAAAGCACUUGGGAUGCUGGGCCUCUGCAUCAUGGGCAUCGGGACUCUCCUCAUCGUUGGGGCCAUUGUUUUCUUGGGCUCCUUUUGGCAGACCUCAAUACGUGCCGGAGACGGAGAGAUCGUGCACCCCCAGCUAUGGAGUGUCGUUGUCUUCUCGGACUGGGCUUCAAGGGUUGUCACUAUCACUGCCGCUGUGCUGCGCAUAUGUCUAGCCCUUCAGAUGGGUGUUUUCACCGCCAUGAUGGCAUCUCUCAUGAUCGAAAGGGCUGGCGUCCCUCUCACUUCAGCACCGCUUAUAUCGAUACUUAGGGCUGUCUCCGUUUCACCAUACAAUCUCAUCACCUGGACCACUUUCGCUAUGCCAUGGCGGGACAGGCUGAUCUACACUUUCUCUAUCGCGGUGUCGGUUCUUUUGGCAGUCGGGUUUCAGUUCUCCUCGACAGUGCUACUAUCCGACUUUAACGCAGUGAACGUCACCACACCAAACAAGGUGGCCGAUGUGCUGCUGUCCGGCGGUAAUAACGUCGAUACCGACCGUGAGACCCUCGAGGGUUCGAAGCUCUGGAACUCGCCGCCACCGACAUACUUCCGAUUUGCCGAAGCCCCGAGAGCACCCAGUGACAAGCAGCUGUCCGAUCGCUAUGAAGACACGGGGCACAUCCUGCGAGCACUUCUCCCUUUCGAGGCUGAGACAAGCCGUAGUCGUCUGCGGCGAUACCGGGGCCCCGCGGCCGUUCUCGACUCGAGGGUUGUCUGUGCUCGACCCAGCGUUACUGAAAUAGAAAGUUCACUCGAAGGUCAUAAUUUCGAUGGUGGGGGGGACCCCUUUUAUGAAGAAUUCUCCGCAACAGGCAUCUUUGGCUUUCAAGGCGAUCCUGACAACCCACCCAUUCAACAAUCGAGCAUAAGGGACUCUUGGCCAUUCAACUGCGUUGUUCCCAGCCAAGGCACACAAAAGGAACGGGCGUGGGUCACUUCGAUAUGCUCGCUCAGUCAGACCAUGCUCGGUCAUAUUGCGUUCCAAGGCAUGCCCAAACUUCCCGAAAGGGGGUCUCCCUCGACCACCAUGUUUCUCCUGUUCAAAGGCUCUGGGUCUGGAUCGGACUGGCAGAGAGUGGUGAGAAAACUCGGCAAUACCACCGACACUAAUCCCGUCACCCACAGCGGCUCUUGGGAAGCCAACGCCACAGACUGGACAAAAUCUACGGACGGAAUCUGGGCGCGCGUCCACCUGCCGGAGACAAACUACAGCAUGUCGGUUAGCGCAUGCUUCACCAUCUUAGGGGCGGAAUUCCUCAACGUCAGCAUGUCCAGCGACAGUAACGGCCCCGAGCCGAGCUUGGUCUGGGACAAUGCCACAGCUCAGUUCAACGUCGACGUCAUCCGGAACCUGUAUCUGAGCUCCGGGGACGAUGCUUCUUCGAUGAGCUCGCGUGGUAUUCUGAAGCUUGAUCAAUGGGAGCCUGAAGCAGAACCCGAUCAUUUACGACUUUCCGCCGCGGCUCUUCGCCUGCCAUUCAUGAAUCAGUUUAUAUCCGACGAUUUGCGGUCGCCAGAAUGGCCAUGCGGCACCCUGAGCAACGACUCAUCGCGCCCCUUACAUUAUGCGCAUUCAGUGCUCUUCCAAGACAUCUUCCAAAGAACAGGGAGCUUGGCAGAGGCUCUCCAGGCAGUUUUGAUGGUCACCCGCCAAAUGGAGUACUACGAGUAUGCUCCCCAAGUUCGACGCAUGUGGUUAUCCCCCGCCUCCCUCGCUCUUCCUGACGCUUACUAA